AUGUCCGGUGCCAGGCAUUGGGAGCAAGACAAGGACUCGACGAUAUACAUCGGCAACCUUGAUGAACGCGUCACAGAUGCCUUGGUCUGGGAACUUUUUCUACAGGCUGGCCGCAUUGUGAAUGUGCAUUUACCCAAAGACCGUGUAACUCAAACUCAUCAAGGAUAUGGUUUUGUCGAAUUUACUUCGGAGGAAGAUGCAGAAUAUGCGGCCCGAAUAAUGAAUCAAGUCCGACUUUAUGGCAAGCCGAUCCGGGUCAACAAAGCCAGUGCCGACAAGCAGAAAUCGGUUGAAGUUGGUGCUGAGCUGUUUAUUGGCAACCUGGAUCCUAUGGUCGACGAGAGGAUGCUUUACGAGACAUUCGGCCGAUUUGGGACCCUUGUGGCUGCUCCAAAGAUUGCCCGUGACGAAAGCAACCUGUCCAAGGGCUAUGGAUUCGUUUCCUUUGGCGACUUUGAAUCGUCAGAUGAUGCCAUCGCCAACAUGAACGGCCAAUAUCUCAUGAACAAGGAGGUGACCGUUCAAUAUGCCUACAAGAAGGAUGGCAAGGGCGAAAGGCACGGCGACCAGGCGGAGAGAAUGCUCGCUGCCCAGGCCAAGGCUCACGGGGUCCAGCCUACUCCGGCCACUAUUCCCAUGGGCGGCCCAGUGUUUGGGGGCGUGCCUCAGACCCCCCCGACUCCUGCUGGCUUUGCACCGCCAGCUGGCAAUUUCCAAGCUGUUCCUCCGCCAGCUCAUGCAAGACCACCUCCUCCCCCCAGUGUGCCACUUGCUGCCCCGCCGAUUGGUCUUCCGGCACGCCCUCCACCAAGCCAGGCGGGAUACGGAGGACCGCAAGGGUUCGUGCCGCCAGGGUUCAACCAGCACCAGGUGCCCACAGGUUUCCCCCAGCCAAACGGCUUGCCUCCCGGAUUCGCUCCUCCUCCCGGCUUUGGUGGCCCGCCAGCCGGUGCAGUUCCUCCGCCUCAGCCUGUUAUGCCACCGGCGGGAUUUUCGGGAUAUGGCAUACGCAAAUAA